AUGUCGCAACCGUCCAGCUUGUUUACCUCCUAUACCGACGCCGCCAGUACCUACUGGCCGCCCGGUUGGAACUUCCAGCGGUAUGCCCACGCCACGCCCGCGGACGACGCCGCGCUGUCGGACGAGGAGCGCGCUAAGAUGCAGGCUGGCUUCCGCAAAGCGCUCGGCGAGGACGGCGUCAUGGAAAUGGCCCGCGUCGUGUGGCAGGAGCAGCUGCGCCGCAUGAAGCUCGAGAAAGAGUCUUCUUCUGCCGCCACCGCGUCGUCAUCAUCGUCUGCGCAGAAGCAGCAGCAACAGCCUCCAUCACCUCCCCCCGACUGGCUCAAGACUUGGCGCAAACGGGCGGGUGGCGACGGCGGCGGGGCCUGGGGCUUCGUCGCGUUCUGUACUUCUAGUGCCGUCGCCGCUAUGCCGGAGUCGGACGUGGCCAAAUUCCACACACGCGUACGGGAGAUGGCGGAGAUCCCGAUCCAGAAGGCGUUGGAGGAGGAAGGCCAGCCGGCCGACGAGAUCGCCGAGGCGCGACGAUCGUUCGAGAUCCGCUGGGUCGAGGUGGACGACGACGACGAAGACGUCAAGGGCGAGGAAGGAAAGGGAGAGGCGGGGACAGGGAAAGACUGGGUUGAGAAGGCGCGCGCCAGUUAUCGUGCCAUGCGCGAGUCUGGCGUCCUCCCGUCGGGUCUCGAUCUGCCUGUCUUCCUCUGUGCAUCACCUGCCGCCGUGGCCUCGGUGCUGCGGACGUCGCCGGCGGAAGCGAAGGAGGCGCACGAUGGGAAGCCACGUUGGCGAUCCGGCGAUGUCCCAUUCCUGCUGGUCGCAGCCGCAGAGACGGAGCAGGGGAUCGUCGAGGACGACGACGACGACGAAGAAGAAGAAGAAGAAGAAGAAGAAACCAAGGUUGGCGGUGGGGAAAGGAGCUGGUUCAAGCCCGUUUUCAAAGCGGCUGCCGAGGUGCUGGUGGACGAGCUCUGGUGGAUCGUCGCGGAGCAGAUGACGUCGCUGGGCCAGAUGACGAGGUUCGUUCGGGGCGCGACGGUGGCUGAGGAGCAUGUCACGACGACGGAAGAAGAGAGGCAAGGGGAGGGAGGAGAGGCGGCUGAUGUUGGUAGUGGACGGGCCGAGGAGCUGGGCCAUGACGACGACGGGCUGGAUGACAUAUGGUGGACAGUUCACAUGCCGCCGCGUCAGAUGAGGAAGAGGCGGAGGGUACGAGCGAGAUCUGGAUAG